UACACCUGCUAAGCCUGUGCCCAAAAACUCUAUCUUGUUCCUCUUGGUCUAUCUGCUCUCUCACUUUCUCUCCACUUCUCCUAAUAUCCCUUCUCUCUGUUCCAAAUCCAAACCCUUUUGCCUCCUCUUUUUGAUCAGUCUGCUUAGCAGCUGAAUUUCCCAAAAAGACCAACAAUGCCGGCUGUUGGUAUUGCCACUAGUGGGAACAACAAGGAGUAUGUUGGAAACCUCACUCCUUAUGUUUUAGCAACAUGUAUUGUUGCAGCCAUGGGGGGUCUCAUUUUUGGCUACGAUAUCGGAAUUUCUGGUGGUGUAACGUCCAUGGACUCAUUCUUGAAGAAGUUUUUCCCGGCUGUGUACAGGAAAAAGGAAGAAGACAAGACCACCAACCAGUACUGUCAAUAUGAUAGUCAAACACUGACCAUGUUCACAUCGUCUCUGUAUUUGGCUGCUCUGAUAGCUUCAAUUAUAGCAGCCACCGUCACUCGUAAAUUUGGUCGAAAACUGUCCAUGUUGUUUGGAGGUCUGCUGUUCAUGGCUGGCGCCAUCAUCAAUGGAGCUGCCAAAGCUGUCUGGAUGUUGAUUCUAGGCCGUAUGUUGCUCGGUUUCGGUAUCGGCUUCUCCAAUCAGUCUGUGCCACUCUACCUCUCUGAGAUGGCACCCUACAGAUUCAGAGGAGCUCUCAACAUUGGCUUCCAGCUAUCGAUCACAAUUGGUAUCCUUGUGGCCAAUGUGCUGAACUACUUCUUCGCCAAAAUUGACGGUGGCUGGGGAUGGAGAUUGAGCUUGGGUGGCGCAAUGGUGCCAGCUCUUAUAAUCACAAUUGGCUCCCUUGUUCUACCAGACACACCCAACUCCAUGAUUGAGCGCGGCCAACACGAUGAAGCCAAGGCCAAACUUCAGCGCAUUCGCGGCGUGGACGAUGUCAGUGAGGAGUUCAGUGACCUUGUUGCUGCUAGUGAAGCGUCGAAGCAGAUUGAGGAUCCAUGGAGGAACCUGUUGAAGAGGAAGUACAGGCCUCACCUCAGCAUGGCCAUCCUCAUCCCCUUCUUCCAGCAGCUGACCGGGAUCAAUGUGAUCAUGUUCUACGCCCCUGUUUUGUUCAACACAAUUGGGUUUGGAAGCGAUGCUUCUCUCAUGUCAGCUGUGAUCACUGGCAGUGUCAAUGUUCUUGCAACUAUGGUUUCAAUCUAUGGCGUUGACAAGUGGGGAAGAAGGUUUCUUUUCCUUGAGGGUGGAGCUCAAAUGCUUAUUUGCCAGGCCGUUGUGACAGCUUGCAUUGGUGCAAAAUUUGGGGUGGAUGGGACCCCUGGAGAAUUGCCAAAGUGGUAUGCAAUUGUGGUGGUGAUUUUCAUCUGCACAUAUGUUGCAGGCUUCGCAUGGUCAUGGGGUCCACUGGGUUGGCUCGUCCCCAGUGAAAUCUUCCCACUGGAAAUCCGAUCAGCUGCACAGAGCGUCAACGUUUCAGUGAACAUGAUCUUCACUUUCCUCGUGGCUCAAAUCUUCUUGACGAUGCUCUGCCAUUUGAAAUUUGGGCUAUUCCUCUUCUUUGCGUUCUUUGUGUUCGUGAUGUCCAUUUUCAUUUACUACUUCUUGCCGGAGACAAAGGGCAUUCCAAUUGAGGAGAUGGGCAGAGUAUGGAGGACACACUGGUAUUGGAAGAGGUUCGUCAGUGAGGAAGAAGAUCACCCCAAUGGAGGUUAUGAGAUGGGCAAGGCUGGUCAAACUGUCAAAAAUGUGUAAUUGGUCAUGGGUUAUUAUGUGAUGCCCAUCUCCUCAUUUACUUUUUAUUUUAAUUUUAUUUUUGGUAGCAGUGAAUAUUAUUAUUGUUUCCAACGCCAAGGUUAUAUAUAGAAAAAAAUGGUUGUGCAAGCGUUUAUGUCAAAUCUUCAUCUUUGCUAUAAA